UAUCCGAUUAGAGCUUGUCAAAGUGACAGAAGUGACAGUACAGCUCACGUUGACAUCUGUCAAGUUAGGUUAUAUGGUAGUGUACACAAAAUUAUCUAGAAUUGAAGUGUUUUCAAUAAUUUAAACACAAUGGAACUGCGCGAAAUAAACUACAAUAAAAACGAAUACGUUGAAACGGCUUCCGGCAACAAAGUGUGUCGUCAAACAGUAUUAUGCGGCUCUCAAAAUAUUAUAUUGCAAGGCAAAGUGAUAGUUCAGGCGGAAGCUAUUAUUCGAGGAGACUUAGCAAACGUUCGAACAGGGCGUUACUGCAUAAUAAGCAAAGAAGCUGUCAUACGACCACCUUACAAAAAAUUUAGCAAAGGAGUGGCGUUUUUCCCACUAACAAUGGGCGAUCAUGUGUUUGUUGGAGAACGCUCGGUUGUGAGUGCGGCCGUUGUGGGAUCAUAUGUAUACAUAGGCAAAAAUUGUGUUAUUGGCCGGAGGUGUAUUUUGAAAGACUGUUGUCUGAUUGAAGAUAAUACAGUUCUUGCUCCUGAAACUGUCGUACCUCCUUUUACAAGGUAUGGAGGAUCCCCAGGCACAAAUAUUGGUGAUUUACCCGAAUGUCAAGCAGAUUUAAUGGUGGAUUUUACUCGUGGCUAUUAUCAGCACUUCCAACCAACAAAAAUUAUUUAAAUAAGCUUAUUUGUUAUUUAUUAUAAUUUUUAAGAUUGAUUUUUAAAUUAUGCAAUUUUGAUACUAAAACUAGGGGAAAUAAAAAUAGUAUAGAUAUUUCAAAAA